AAGCUUCACUGGCCCGAGCAAGAACUUGCUAAGACGUCUGUUCUAAAUGCAGAAGACUCAUUGGUCAUUGACAGCAAAAGAAGCGUCUCCCAUUUGCCCUCUGGAGUACUAAAGGACAUUUUUACAACUGGAACCAGUAGCUACAAUGUCCUACUACAGAGUAAAGAGGAGAAAAAGCAUCACUCACAGAAACAGUCUUCCUCUGCUUUCUACAAACGGUCUAGAAAGCCCAUCAAAUCUCCUAGCUCUUCUCAUAGUAAAGAUCGUCACAAGAUGAAAGUCCCAGUGGCUGUGAUGAGCAGCGGUGGCUGGUACUGCCUAGAGAGGCAGCCUGCUGAUGUCACAAGUGCAGUGUCGAGUCCUGUAAAGUUUACCUAUGAUAUCUCUGUUACAGGGAACAACAUAGUGCUGCCACCCAAGCCCAGAAACAAGGUCAAGCAGUGCCAUUUCUCCACUCUACCAAAGCCAAAGCAGCAGCCUCAGCUGUCGAGAAGUUUUGAAAAAGAUGACUUUUCUGGAAAGAAAUUUUGUAUAUUGACUGCUAUAAAGCCCACCAACUUGGAGAAAGAAAAACUCAGAUUCUUCAAGUCUGACUAUACCUACAAUCCUCAGUUUGAAUAUGCUAACCCUGCCCUGCCAAGUGUGUUAGCCAAGCACAGCCAAGCUUCUGACCGAUUCCUUAAGCAGUCCAUCAAUAUUAUGGAACUGACUUUACAGAAAUAUGGAAGUUAUGAAAAAUUUGAACAAGCCACUGGUGGUAGCCUGCUGUCUAAACCUCGAAUCUGGAGUCAUGUUAGGAAGUACAUGAUGAAAGAAGGUUGCCUGGGUGAGAUCGUUGUCCAUCUCACUGAGGACCUGCUUUCCCGCGCUUCAAUGACAGUGGUCAACGGCUGCCCCACUCUGACCAUCAAUGUCUCCACUGCACGUGAGCACUGGCUGGAGGGGAUGCUGAGGCAUGAAAUAGGCACGCACUAUUUCCGAGGUAUUAACAACCUUCAGCAGCCGUGGAACAGUUGGGCUGCGCGUAAAAAACAUGAGCUGAAGCCCAACAACCCCACAGAGGAGGGCUUGGCAAGUAUUCACAGUGUCCUAUUUAGAAAAGACCCCUUUCUAUGGAGAGCUGCCCUCCUCUACUAUACUGUUUAUCGAGCCAGCCAAGUGUCUUUCUGCGAACUCUUCAGAGACAUUGGGAAGUUUGUCAAGGACCCCAACACAAGAUGGGAUUAUUGCGUACGAGCCAAGAGGGGAUGGACUGAUACUUCCCAACCAGGUUGUUUCAGUAAAGACCAGGUUUACUUGGAUGGAAUCCUACAAAUCCUGCGAUACAGAGAGACCAUUGACUUCCAUCUACUGACUGCUCUGGGAAAGGUUUCUUAUGAAGAUGUGGAUCGGUUGAAAGGAUUAGCAGUUACUGAAAGCAUGAGGGUUCCUCACUUUCUUCAAGACCAUGGCCGAUACAUGGAACACUUAGAGAAGAUCAUGGAAGUUAAUGAACUGACUGACAAGGAACUGCAAGACCUUAUAUUCUAGUUUGCAUUCAUGCACACGUAGCUAAGCUAUACCUCUGUGUAUAUUCCCAGUUAGGUGCAGUGAGCACCAGAAGAUUUUAUAAAAGAAGAAUGAUUGUUCACUUGAGUUUUCUGAAGGAUGACCUGCAGUAGUUAGCUAAAUUAUUUAGGUUUUUACUACAAACCUUAAACUAUUUCCAUAGGCUGCAGGACAAGGUUACUAGUAUUUUCUUCUGAAUCCUAAGAGUCAGAGGAAAAUCCUGCUGAUGACUAUUUU